ACAAUCGGAAUAUCCUUAACAAGAUCGGUAGUCUCGUUGGUCGAGUGGCCAAAAUCAACUUUCAUAACGGAACCAGUAACAUGCGGAGGUUCGCCAGAGUGGCAGUCUAUGUAGAUCUUACCAAACCCUUGAUCUCGAAACUCGAAAGUUUACGUCGGAGAUAAGCUUCAAGUGGUGGAGCAUGAAAACCUACCCCUUAUCUGUUUCUCCUGUGGGCGGUUUGGACAUAUGAAAGAAGCCUGCAAUGGCAUCACUAACACCCAGAGCACUCUGUCGAUUACACCGGAAGCUAACUCAGGUAUUCCCCAAUCUGUCGUUACCCCUCAAUAUGAUCAACCUGGUUUACCCUCUGUGCAGGUAAACAACAAUGCCUCAGAGACACCAGAAGAAUUAGCGUACGGACCAUGGAUGGUCGUAGAAAAACGAUGAAGGCGACAACAUCAAGCUCCGACCAAGGCAAUGACCCAAUAUGAAACACAAAAGGAAACUAGAUCAAGAUUUUCAAUUCUUGAUUCUGCGACCCACAAGAAUGGGAAGCAACUCGUCAAUCAAGGAAAUGAAAUGGGAGCGAAUAAUAUCACCGAUUCUCCUUCUGAAAUCCCCCUGACGGAAUCUGGUCUUAGUGAUCACCAGAUUAUUUCCAAAGGAAUCAACCAGAAUAAAGGGAAUCCAAAAUCAGCAUAAAGCUGGAAAUCAAGAAUGUAAUCCCCACCGUCAAACAAUAAGCCAUAAUACCCAUGUGACCACCUUGAAGAAUCCACUAAAGGGGUGGACCCCACAUCUUCAACUGCUUAGUCUAUUAGCAAUAAUACUUUGGUGGGUUCCCACGACAACACCCAGCUGCAUGGAGAAAAUGGGAUUAAUCCCGUGCACGUCAACAUGUGUCCUCAAGAAGGCAACGACCCCAACCAAACUGAAGUGAUUAGUCUAAAUGGAGCGAGAUUCCAAUCGAACAACAAUCCCAUUUUUGACAAUUCCCUAGGGCUUGAAGGGAAACGGGUCAUGUCCUUGCUUGAUCCUAGUCUCCUUAGCGUCCUUACUUUUGUGCCAACUUCCAAUCAAGAAAGUUUACCAAACCCAAGCAAACCCUCCUCCAGUGUUCGGAAGUUGGUUGACACAAGAGGGAGAGGCGCCUCGUAUGUUAUCUAAUCCAAAGGUUCAAAGGCCAAGGGUUCCAAAACGGGCAGUCUUCCCAUCCAGGAAGCCAUGAGUGGCAUUAUUCAGAAUAUCCAAAACCAGAGUCAAGUCCAAAACAAGGAGGAAAAUAACAGCACCAAGGCUAUGAGCAUUGGCCAGUAAAGGUAUCUCUUACUCUAUUUUAUGGAUUUUAAAUUAAUAACGUGGAAUUGUCAGGGCUGUGGCGGACCUAGAUUCCCGAAGAUUCUAGGUCCCGAAGAUUCUUAAAGAGUAUACGCUUGAACACAAACCGCACAUAGUGGCUCUUCUUGAAGCCCGCAUAAGCGGAGGUAAAGCUGAUCGAGUUAUUAGCAAAAUGGGAUUCAGCAACUCCCUCAGAGUGGAAGAAGCUGGGUUCUCAGGAGGGAUAUGGCUCCUUUGGAAUGAUCCCAUUUCAUUUACCUUGCUUGCUGCCCACCCGCAGUUCAUAACCACAAAAGUUUCGCUCCCCAACACUUCUAAGCAUAUUUUUGUCACUAUAGUCUAUGGUCAUCCGGAUAAAAAGAAAUGUCAAGCCCUUUGGAGGGAUUUACAUGCUUCCCGAACUCCAAGUGGUGAGGCGUGGAUCAUUGCCGGUGAUUUUAAUGCAAUCUUGUCUAGCGAUGAGAAAAGAGGAGGAUCGAGAAAAUACGUUGGCUGCAAGUAUUUCUUGGAGUUUCUAGAACAGCUCAAUUUUACGGACCUGAAGUUUAAAGGGCCGCAAUUCACUAGGUCGCCUGGAAGGGAUUUCUGAACGGCUGGAUAGAAUGGUUGUUAAUGCCAAAUGGAUGGACCUUGCUCCCAUGUCCGUGGUUUAUCAUUUGACUCGAUUAAAAUCUGAUCGCAGGCCAUUAUUACUCCACUCUGCAGGCUCGCCUUCUAUCCAACGUCCAAGACUGUUCCGGUUCCUGGCCGGUUGGACCCUACACCCCCAAUUCAACAAGGCUGUCAAUGAUAAUUGGAGCUUUCAAGUUUUAGACAACGGUGGCAAUGGCUACCUUAUUGACAAGGAGCUUCAAAUCCGCACGUGCUUGGAAGAGAUCCUGGACCACGAAGAGUUGUUAUGGUACCAAAAAUCCAGAAGUGAGUGGAUUCAAGAUGGUGACCGCAAUACCAAAUUCUUCCACAGUAGAACUCUCGCUAGACGUCAAUCUGAUCGCAUCCAAGCACUCAAGAUUCAAUCCAACGAGUGGUGCUAUGAUGACGAAAUUCUGCAUACGGAAGCCAAAUCCUUCUUCGCUGGUCUUUAUCGGGACGAUGGUGGGCGAUCAGGUAAAUUUCCUAUAAGAGGAAUCUUUCCUAGCUUAUCUAAUGAAGAUAUUCAACGGCUUGAUGCAGUGGUUACUAAUGAGGAGACCAAAAGGGCCUAAUUUGAUAUGAGUCCGCUCAAAUCCCUCGGAAUAGAUGGAAUCCACGCACUAUUCUUCCAGAAUCAAUGGGACACAGUUGGUAACUCUGUCUGUACUUGGGUCAAAGGUAUUUUCAAUGGGAAUAAGAUUGAGUCGGAGCUUAAUAAAACACUUAUUAUGCUCAUUCCUAAAGCUGAUAAGCAGAAAUCCUUUACUGAGUUCCGACCAAUCAGUCCUUGUAUUGUCCUGUAUAAGUUUAUUAUGAAGAUUAUUGCUAAUAGAUUCAGAGCGAUCUUUCUUAAAAUCAUCGCUCCGAACCAGUCAAGCUUUAUUGCAAGAAGAAACAUUACGGACAACAUCGUAAUAGCUCAAGAGGUGAUCCACUCGAUGAGACCGAAAAAAGGAAAAUGGAUGACUAUUAAAGUCGAUCAGGAGAAAGCCUAUGACCCGGGAUGGCUGGGACUUUCUUUCAAACUCUCAAGGAUAUGGGUUUCCGGCAAACAUCCGUUCUAUCAUUAUGGAUUCCAUUACCACUUCAACCAUACAGAUUCUCUGGAACGGAUCUCCUGAAGAAUAAUUUAAACCGACAAGAAGAAUCCUCUAGGAAUGUCCCCUCUCCCCGUAUAUUUGUUAGGAAAUAAACCA